AUGUGCACCCACCUUGACACUGUCUUGCCAGACAAGAUCAAGCUUUCCCUCCACCAGGCUUUCUGGAACCAUCGUCGGAACUGUGUGCGCUGCAGUGCACGAAACAACCCAUCCAGCUGGGUCUACAACAAUACCACCUGUCCACUGGAGCUCCUUGUCAAACGUCCGCAGCCAAAAUCCGACGAAAACAAGCCAGCCAAGCUUCAGACCAGCCCACCGAGGCAGGUCACCAAGAAGGAGCCUAGCGACGAGGAGCGUGUCGCGCAGGGACUGGUCAAAGUCACGUACGAGAUCGACGACGACUUUGAUGCCGCAAGGGGUACCGGGGUGAAGAGAACGAUUUGGAUCCGUGAUUUCAGUGCGGAGGAGUACGAUCCUGUGGACGAAAAGGAAUUUAUUUAUGAGGAAAUUUCGAUUGAUUUCAGACAAAAGGAAGCAUAG